UCCCUGUCAGGACUCACUCCGCCGCCGAACUGGUCUCGAGGCACACGCGCGCUCCAGGUCCGCUACCCCAAGCUACGCCGGCCCUCCGCGGCCAGGAGCCCUGUGAGGCGCUUCCACACAACCCUUCAUCACCGACACAUCGGGGAGGCAACCAGCGCCGGCGUUAGCACACAGGGCACGGCGGAUUAAAGAGAUGGAAAUCGUGCCUGAAGGGAAAAACUUCCGAUUGGUAAAAGACGACGAGUUAUCAUCUGUAGCUGAUUAUUUAGUGCAGUACAUGCCGGAAUCUCUGAAGUUUCAUCAGACGAUUCAAACAUAUCUGAACAAUAAAGUUUGGGACUUCCAUUUUUAUGUAGCAAAAAAUUGGCCAGAGGACCCCAUUUGUUUGCAUUUCCCUGGAUGUACAAGUUCGCCGAACAGUCAUCCAUAUGAAAGUGUGACAAUAUUCUGUCCACCGGAACGCGCGGAGUUAGUGGACCUAGUGACCAGCGAGGAUAUACUUCUCGAUUUGACGCAGCCAUUGUACCUGAACUUUACUCACGAAGCAAUCGUUGACCGCUUCGAGAAGUGUUAUGAGGCCCACGAUAAAAUCGAGGGCGAUGUGUAUGUUUGUGAUAAUCCGCCAGCGGAGAGCAACGACGAGUUGCCACCGGACGUGGAGUUAGUACGGCUGCAACCGGAGCAUAUGAAAGCCGUGCACGAUCUGUAUCCUGCCAGCGACAUCGAAUGCCGGGAAGUGUUCGAGAAACUCGUUGCCGAACUCCCCGCAUACGGAAUCUUCGUUGAGGGACAGCUUGCCGCUUGGAUGGUGCAGUCUUACUACGGAGCUAUGUUCUCAAUGCAGACAAGACCAGAGUUUCGUAGAAAAGGCUACGGUAUCUACUUAGCUAAGCGCCUAACGAAAGAAGUCGCCGCCAGGGGUUACAAACCAUUUGUUGUGAUUCGUCCAGAAAACGACGCGUCUCGUUCGCUGUAUUCGAAACUAGGCUUCGAGAAACGUUUUCGAACCGUACGCGCCGUUCUGCGUCCCCGCUAGGACUCCCAGUUGACACUAGCAGAUUUUAUUUUUCUAAGACUUUUGAAUAAAUCAUGUUAGCUUGCGGUCAUUGAUCGUUAGAAAAAUUAGUUAUAGCUUUAAGAUUGGAGCUAUUGCUGAAAUUGAAACGUUUUAAAAUACAAUUGUGUAAAGGCUUGUUGGUAUAAGUCUUUAGUUUUUGUGAUAAAAAAAUGCACAUCUCAUGACCAUUAAAAGAAACGCAAUAGUUGUUGAAAUGCCCCCACAACGAUAUCAAGUAAAAUUUAAAUAUAAUUUUAAUAAUUCUUAAAAGUUUGCGUGCUUGAUAAAUAGAAGUUUUAAAUUUUAUUGUUUAAGAAAGGGGUUGAAAAUCGAAUGAGUUGAAUUAGCUAAAAUAUUUUUAGUCCACCUAACUUGUGGCCUAUAGCUUAGAUUUACUUGUUUUCUUGGGAUUAUAGAUUCUUGGCACAGUAAGGAACCAAAUAAUAACAGAGCAGCCGAAACUCGAGUCAUAUAUUUUAUUAAAAUGUAUCUAAUGAUAAUAUUUACGUACUUCAACAUUUAUGAAUUUACAGCUAAGAUAUGACGUAAUAAAUCUAAUGUAUUAGCUUCAGUAAACGUUUUUUAUCUAAUCUUCAAAUUCGGAGGGAUUUACGCAUUGAAUUUUCAUUACACAUUCAGUUCAAGCUUUUAAAAAGUUUCAAUAUUCAAUACAUUCUAGAUUGAUAGUUUCAAUAUUAAAAAGACAAUUGUUAUUUAUCGCUUAGGUUCAUACAGCCACGCUCACUGCUCUGUGGAAGGUAACUAAAUAAUAUGUCAUUAGUUAAUAAGAGAGAAUUCCAGCGACUUUAAAUUGCUCACGAUCUUAAUCUAUCCAUUAUGGGAACGUUCGUAUAUUAUCCACUUAUGGGCAUUUUAUAAAAAAAAAUACUAGACAAGAAAAAUAAUACUAUUACGUAUCACUGCACUCAAAAGCACAAUGUUAAAAGUUUCUUCAAUAUUGUUAAAGUGCACUGCGCUCGUCCGCUCGCCCCUCAUUCACAUUAAAAUAUGACAAAUUCCAGAAAUUAUUAAAACUAGACAAAACACCUAAUGAAAAACUUAAUAGGUAGAAUUAUAGGUAGACUAUGAAAUGGAAUGGAGUGUUAUUAUUUUUUUAUUUAGAUUUAUUUUUGACGCUAUAUUGCAUUUAUAAUUAUUAUUGAACAAUAUUUAGCCUAUCUUAGCAUUAUUUAUUUUAUAAAUACUGACUUGGACGAAAUUCAAUUUUGUCAAUUUUAUAAUUGUGUAGUAAGCGGCAUUUUGUAUGAAAAAAAAAUACUUUGUUAAUUCUCUAAAUUAUCAAAUUUGAUACGAAACGUAGGUAGGUAGAUAUAUAUUAUAAUACUUAUAUAAAAAACAUCUUUUACAUAAAAGACGUAGGCUUGAAGUUUUUGAACUAUUGUUUCUUUAGCUAGUUUACUUAAACAAAUUACUGCAUUUAUUUAUAACUCGCUUGUGUAUUUAUUUAAUAUUUAAGUAUUUUGUUAGCGUAAGACUAAUAUUUUAUUAUGCGUACAAAAUUGACUUUAAGUUGUUAUUCAGAAAGCACGGACUGAAUAAAGAAGGAAUGUAACAAAUCAUGAUAGGUCAAAAUGAAUACAAUUGAACUACCUAAUUAUCAUCGAUGCUAUAAUAAUUAUUAUGAUAUCAAGAAGAUUUGGAAUGUGAUCUUACAUCAAAUUGCUCAAUUUAAGAGCUUCCACUGACGAUGUUUAAAAAUUUCAUCGAUACUCGUUGUUGGACGUCACUAGUCACAAUAAAAUCGAAAAACUUAAAAUAAUUUGUAAUCUGUCAGCCUUCAUACACACGUCACUUCGCUAAGGCUUUAUUCAAUUUCUCUGUACUACGUAGAUUGAUCAACAAUUUUUGAAUUAUUAAUAAUUAUUACUAAUAAUUAUAGGUAACCGACCUUUUCUGGAUAAUUUUCUCUAAAACUUAAACUUUAAUGGUUAAUAAAAGGACAUAUUUUCCGUCCUUUUGUAUUUGGAGUGACGUCAACAGGUUCGAAAUAAAUGUUAAGAUAAUGCUUAAAUAAUUUUAUGACAGUAUUCAAUAAUAUUGGCGUCUAUAGUCUCAAAACAUCAUAAUAUUAACCUUGCAAAGGUUUAAAUUAUGAAAUAAAGAGAAUACAAAAAUAGAAA